GCAACAACACGGAAACCACGAACCCCACACAGCAAUAAAUACUGCACUCAUAAUAAUACAAAUACAGUGUGUAAUUAUAAACAUCCGAGGGAUCCAACUUGAUAAACUAAUGAAGAAGAAACAAACAUCGAAGCUACUGUUUGUAUAAUGGCAUCCACCACUAACACUUUGGAAAAUGUGAAAGCAAAUAUCUUAUCAGCUCAUAAAAGCACCACGUUGGCAGAAAAGGUGGACUUCUACAAUUCAUGGGCAGAGAACUAUGAUCAGGACGUGGCAGUUCUGGAGUACCGGGCACCGAGCCUGGCAUCAAACUGCGUCUCCUCCCAUUUCAGCGGUGAUCGUGGAGCAGCUGUCGUGUUAGAUGUGGCCUGUGGUACUGGACUGGUGGCCAAACAGAUGAAGAAACUUGGAUUUGGACACUUUGUGGGUAUUGAUGGAAGUGAGGCUAUGUUGGAGUUGACCAGAGAGAGCGGGUUGUACCAGGACCUGAAGCAGUGCAUGCUGGGAGAGGGGCCACUACCUGUCGAGUGCGGUUCGUUUGAUGUGGUUGUGAUUGUUGGAGCUCUGAGUGAUGGUCAGGUCCCGGUUGGUGUCGUCAGAGAGUUGUGCAAGUGCACCAAACUAGGUGGCUACGUUUGCAUGACUACCAGAAGAAACCAGGACAAUUUAGAAUACAAAGAGGCCCUGGAGCGAGAGCUGAAGCAGAUGGAGGCCGAUGGUCUGUGGACAUGUGUGGAGGUCUCUGAGGUGGAAGACUGGGAGCGAGCAGUGUCAGAGCAUGAGGACGGAUACAUACCUGGUGUUGUGUACCUCUAUAAGAGACUACAACUAUAGUAGUAAAGGUAGAUGUACAAAACAUUUUUGACAUUGUCCGUCCCUGACAAUCCUGAAAUUAAAGAUGGGAAGCUUUAUUCACAGGAAUACAUUUAAGAUAUGAAAUGUUUAUGACUAAAUAUCCACAUAUUGCAGUAAAAUUGGUUUCUGAAAAGACUCAAACUUCAAACUUUUACAGAUGUAUUUAUUAUGCGUUGUGUCGUUAAUGUUAUUUUGUACCAUUAGUAUCAACAUUUAAAUUGUGGAAGAUAAUUUUGAUGAUUUCAAAACUUAGGUGAUUUGAUGCCAAAUAAACCCACAGCCACAAGGAUUUCUAGUGGUCUCAAAAAAAGGUACUGUUGUUUAUAUUUUGUAUUGUCUUGAUCUCAAGGUAUAUCAUUUAUGUGAAUCUAAGGUAGGCUUACGUGACGAAAGAAAUGUUACUCAAAUGCUCGAGGAGUUUUCUACCUUAUAUCCAUUGUGAGGGAAUCUAUGAUUCUCUGAAACCUGACCAUAUUUAAUCUGAAGCAUCUUUGCUGUCCAAACUGAGUAUUUGUGUUAACACCAGAGCACUUAAGAGAACAGAUAUUAACCGUAUAUGGGUGUUAUGUGAUUUAACAAAUUAUAUAUAUGAAAGAAAUCAUGAUAAAAUACUGCAACUAUCACAGAACG